UUGGCCGAGGGAUACCAUCCAACGAAUUGUCACAAUUAUACUCACAAAUCAUAACUUGAAAAUACUUUGACUUCAGAAGCCGGGAAAUGGCGCUUGUUUCAGUAAACAAUCCCAGUAAUAAUGAACUGGUAUUAGCCACGUCGGGUCAAGUGGCUCUGCAGCAGGGUCCAGCAAGAACAUCAAGCCUCAUGGCACCCAUUAUGCUUCUUGCAGGACAUCCAGGAGAUAUCUUUAGUUUGAAAUUCCAUCCUGAUGGUCAGUUUUUGGUUUCCGCUGGGUUUGAUAGACAAAUAUUUUUAUGGAAUGUAUAUGGAGAGUGUGAAAAUUUUGCUGUUCUUUCUGGUCACACUGGAGCAAUAAUGGAUCUCCAGCUGUCCACCGAUGGUGAUACCAUUUACACUGCUAGCACUGACAAAACAAUAUGUUUGUGGGACACCAGAACUGGAGCCAAGAUAAAAAAAUUAAAAGGUCAUUCUUCAUUUGUCAAUGCUAUCCAUCCUGCCCGAAGGGGGCCUCCUUUGCUCUGCAGUGCCUCAGAUGAUUGCAAUAUCAAAGUCUGGGAUCCAAGGAAAAGAACAGAGACAGUAUCUUUGGACAAUUCUUACCAAGUAGCCUCAGUCACCUUUAAUGACACUGCUGAACAAGUCAUUUCUGCAGGAAUCGACAACGACGUUAAGGUAUGGGAUCUCAGGAAAAACGCUCUUCUAUACUCGUUGAAGGGCCAUUCAGACACCGUGACUGGCUUAGCUUUAAGCCCUGAUGGAUCUUACGUACUGUCAAACUCAAUGGACAACUCUUUACGAGUUUGGGACAUUAGACCUUUCGCUCCUCAAGAGCGUUGUAUCAAAAUGAUGGUUGGUCAUGCUCACAAUUUUGAAAAGAACUUGCUUCGUUGCUCUUGGUCGCCCGAUGGAAACAAAAUUUCCGCUGGCUCUGCAGACCGAUUUGUUUAUAUUUGGGAUACAACAUCACGACGUAUUAUUUAUAAAUUGCCUGGUCACAACGGAAGCGUCAACGAUGUAGUUUUUCAUCCUAAGGAGCCAAUUGUUGCCUCUGGUGCCAGUGACAAGCUCAUCUACCUGGGAGAAAUUGAACCGUGAAUGAAGAGGGUAUUUUUUUUUUCCAACUACAAAAAUGGCAAGAAUCAGCGACAAAUAAACAAAACAUUCUUUUACGCAUA